GAAAGUUAAAAUUACCUGUGCUGUGCAAAAAAGACUUUGAAAACAUAAUAAACAUUAUAUUAACUCCUUUCAACAAAUUUUUUGUUUUGAGUAGGUAGAAUAGUUGGUACACCAAAGAAGAAUACAAAAAGAAGCAAAAAAAUCCAGAAAAAUCAUAAUUUAAGUGGACUCAUGGCUGGCUCUGAGGACACUAUGCUGGCUCUGAGACACUAUGCUUAUAUGCAGAGAAAUUAAGUGUGAUCACUAGAGCUUGAGUACUAGAAAAUCUUGAGUAUACUAAACCCGGCUCGGUACUCUCAGAUUUAUACUUUAGGCAUGGAGUGGAGUGGGAGCUAUGUCGUUUGGCUUGCAUUGAUAAGUUUAGUUUCACUUGUUUGGCACUUGAGGAGGAAGAACAGUUACAGACGACGUUCCAAGCUCCCUCCUGGUCCUAAGGGAUGGCCAAUUUUUGGGAAUCUUUUCGAUCUUGGAAGCUAGCCACACAGGAGUCUAGAAGCACUAAGGCAAGAAUAUGGUCCCGUUGUGUGGUUAAAUCUUGGUUUUGUCAAGACCAUGGUGAUUCUUUCAGCUGGUGCAGCUGAAGAACUUUUCAAGAACCAUGAUCUCUCCUUUGUUGACCGGUUCACUAAUGACUCCAUGAGGUCACAUGACCACUACACGGUCUCUAUAGCCUUUGGCUCAUACAACGCCUACUGGCGCACCUUAAGGCGAAUAUGUGCCUCUGAGCUGUUUGCUAACAAGAGGAUCAACAACACAGUGUUGAUUAGGCAAAAGUGCGUAGAUGAAAUGUUGUUGUGGAUUGAAAAUGAAGUAAAAAAGAGUACUAGUAGUAGCAUUGUGGUUAGAGACUUUGUGUUCCCAGCAUUAUUUAACAUGAUUGGGAAUCUCACUCUGUCUCACAACUUGGUCGAUCCCCAGUCAGAAAUGUCCUCUGAAUUUUGCACCGCUUUGGCAGGCUUCCACGAGUCUGUAGGCCGUCCCAAUAUUUCAGAUUUAUUACCCUGGCUGAGAAGGCUUGACCUCCAGGGAAUAAGGAAGGCUUCAGAUUACAGUUUAGCAAAAGCAAAAGAAAUUAUCUCCGCGUUUGUGAAGGAACGUGUGAUAGAGAGGGAAAUAAAACACGAACCAUCAUCAGAGCAGAAGGACUUCUUGGAUGUGCUGUUAGAUUAUAGAGGAACUGGAAAGGACGAACCAGCUGAAUUGUCAGAGUCCCAAGUCACUGUUUUCCUAAUGGAAAUGUUUUUUGCUGGAACAGACACAUCAAGCGCCACAAUUGAGUGGGCAAUGAGCGAGCUCUUAACAAAUCCUGAUCGACUGAAGAAGAUACGAGCUGAGCUUGCUAGUGUUGUUGGAGCAAACAGAAAAUUGCAAGAGACUGACAUUGAAAAUCUGCCUUAUUUGCGCGCCAUUGUGGAGGAAACACUACGUUUACAUCCUCCAGCACCGUUAUUAAUUCCAAGGAAGGCGGUUCAAGAUACUAAUUUCAUGGGCUAUAGUAUUUUAAGAAAUACGCAAGUUAUGAUCAAUUGCUGGGCAAUAGGAAGAGAUGAGGAGAGCUGGGAGGAUGCUUUGUGUUUUAAGCCGGAGAGGUUCUUGGACUCGGAUACUAAUUACAAGGGCCAGAGCUUCGAGUUUAUACCAUUUGGCGCUGGCAGAAGGAUGUGCCCUGCUGUCCCGUUGGCUCAUCGAAUGGUGCAUUUAAUUCUAGGCUCCUUGCUUCACCAUUUUGAGUGGGAGCUUUGUGAAGAUGGUGGAGUAAUAGAUAUGAGGGAGACAAUGGGGGUAACAGCAAAGAAACUGGAAGCCUUGCAAGCAAUUCCGAAACGAAAGACAGCAUGAUCAGAAAGGAUGUUACUGUGCUCUAAUGUUGUCCUGUCCAGUAUGCACAUUUUAUUUUCUAUGAACACACUUAUUGUC